CCCGGAAGUGCAGACAAGGAAAGAUUGUUGCGCAUAGUUGGCCCCUUCGGAACGAUUUUUAAAGCUAAUUUAUUAAAUACGCAUUUCUCUACUGUGUAUAUUUUCACUGCUACUAUCGGUGGGAUACAAUCUUGUAAAAGAAACUCCUGCUGAAGGGAGACAUGCCUCGGAGAAAGAGGAACGCUGGGAGCAGUUCCGAUGGAACGGAAGAUUCGGACUUUUCUGCGGAUCUCGAGCACACGGACAGUUCGGAGAACGACGCUCACAGGCGGAGGAACACGCGCCUCACCCGAGCUUCGUUGCGACUCAGUCAAAGCUCACAAGAUUCCAGCCCUGCCCAGCGAAGCCCACCAACAACCUUGGGCCCAGAGGAGGUGGUGGUCUUUUCUGCCCGCAGAGUGACCCGUAGCCAGCAAGGGGCAUCGGUCGCGCCCAAGAAAUACCCCCUGCGCCAGAAUCGCUCCUCUGGGUCGGACACGGAGCUGCCUGGGGAUCUGACAGAGAGGGACCAGAAGCAGGGUGUGGACCAGGACGAGUCUCCACCCCGUACGCCCACAGGCAACGCCCCCUCGUCUGAGUCGGACAUCGACAUUUCCAGCCCCAACGUCUCUAACGACGAGAACCUGGCGAAGGAGCUGUCACUCAAAGACUCUGGUAGCGACCUCUCCCAUAGGCCCAAGCGGCGGCGCUUUCACGAGAGCUACAAUUUCAACAUGAAGUGUCCCACACCAGGAUGCAACUCCCUGGGCCAUUUGACAGGGAAACACGAGAGACAUUUCUCCAUCUCUGGCUGCCCUCUGUACCAUAACCUCUCUGCCGACGAAUGUAAGGUGAGGGCUACUUCUCGUGACAAACAGGGGGAGGAGAGGACUCUGUCACACAGACAGGAUGAGAAUAGACACUCCACACGCCACCAGGUACAGAUCAAAGCCAAUGCUCCGACCGAUCGCCAGCUGAGGUACAAGGAGAAGGUGACGGAGCUGAGGAAGAAGAGGAACUCUGGCCCUCUCAAGGAGCAGAAGGAGAAGUACCUGGACCACCGUCAGAUCCAUGGGAGCCAGCGUGAGCCCCUCUUGGAGAACAUCACUAGUGAUUACGACCUGGAGCUCUUUCGAAAAGCCCAGGCACGUGCUUCGGAUGAUCUUGAGAAGCUGCGUCUGCAGGGUCAGGUGACGGAGGGCAGCAACAUGAUCAAGACCAUAGUGUUUGGUCGCUACGAGCUGGACACCUGGUACCACUCGCCCUACCCAGAGGAGUACGCCCGCCUGGGCCGCCUCUACAUGUGUGAGUUCUGCCUCAAGUACAUGAAGAGCCAGACCAUCCUGCGCAGACACAUGGCCAAGUGUGUAUGGAAACAUCCUCCCGGAGAUGAGAUCUACCGCAAGAACAACAUCUCUGUCUUCGAGGUUGACGGAAAGAAGAACAAGAUCUACUGCCAAAACCUGUGUCUUCUGGCCAAACUGUUCCUGGACCACAAGACUCUGUACUAUGACGUCGAGCCGUUUCUAUUCUAUGUGAUGACAGAGGCCGACAACACUGGGUGUCACCUGGUUGGAUACUUCUCUAAGGAGAAGAACUCGUUCCUGAACUACAACGUGUCUUGUAUCCUCACCAUGCCUCAGUAUAUGCGACAAGGCUAUGGCAAGAUGCUCAUCGACUUCAGCUACCUGCUGUCAAAGGUUGAGGAGAAAGUUGGCUCUCCAGAGCGUCCCCUGUCUGACCUUGGCCUCAUCAGCUACCGUAGCUAUUGGAAGGAAGUGCUGCUGCGCUACCUCAACAACUUCCAGGGCAAGGAGAUCUCCAUCAAAGAGAUCAGUCAGGAGACAGCGGUCAACCCAGUAGACAUCGUCAGCACUCUGCAGUCUCUCCAGAUGCUAAAGUACUGGAAGGGAAAGCAUCUAGUUUUAAAGAGACAGGACCUUAUUGAUGACUGGAAAGCCAAGGAGACCAAGCGAGGCAGCAGCAAAACCAUCGAUCCCUCAGCCUUAAAAUGGACGCCACCGAAAGGGACAUAGAUUGGCCCACUGUUCUCCGUGCUCCUCACAACACUCUCACUGUAACUUCCCAGACACUCCAGACCAGAGCCUGGAGUUCCCCCUCACAUCAGGAUGGCCUAUUUCACAAACCUGCUCUUCAUCCCUCACUAUAAUGUUACUUUAGAGUUAGUAAUUUACAAUGAUUGUUUGGUGUAAAUUAGGAUAAAAGGAUAUACGUUCUCAACGAAAGCUUAUAAUGCUUUACAGUCACUUUAGUUUCAGUACUCUUAAAGGUAGGUACAUCCUGAUAGUGAGCUGAUUGGAUCCAUACCUGUGCUAUCCAUUGCGCAAGAACCGCUCCAUAGAACAGUGUUACCAUGGUGAACCAGUUAAUAGGCAUGUAGCUAUCUAUAGCUGCCAGUGGACAUUACAUUCUUCCACUUUUAGAGUGAUGUCAGCAGGACAGGAGUUCCCUGGAUGAAAUCGUCAUUCUGUGCAGAUAGCGAAGGGAACCUUGUACCUUACCGACUCACCCUUUGUUUACACUUUCCGCAACUUUUCUUUCCUCUUUUUUGGGGUCUACCUCGUACAUUUUACCACUGUUUUAACUCCUUCGGUUUAAGGCCAGUUUUAUACUUGUUUCAAUAUUUGUUUUAUAUAAAUAUAUUUACAUGAGCCAAGGUCAAACAAGUUGCUUUGUUUGGAUAUAUUUAAGUGAUAAAGAUGAUAUGAUUCAUGUUCGGCAAGACAAAGUUUACUAAAUAGACACAGGACUGGAUCCCGAGCUAUACUGAAAAUAUUUGAAAAGUAUUUAAUAUUGUAAGAUGACAUUAUUUGUGCAGUUUAACGGAGGAACAGACAAACAGGCACACAAGAGAAUAAGCAAUAUUGUAAAAAAUAAUUAUUUCAGUUUUAUGUUCAUACAAAUUAAUUCAAAUGGGUGUAUAAAAAGUACUACGUGCAUAAAAAAAGUAGUGAUACUGAUUCUAUUAACUAUUUCCAGUAAAUGGUUUGUGAUACAGUAGCCUAUAGAUUAAAAUGAUAUUUUUUACAUAUAUUAAUGGAUAUGUAUUGCCUUUAUUUUGUAGUGCUUUAUGUACAUCCAUGAAUGUUGUAUGCCACAAGGCCGUAUGGCUUACACAUCCUUGUGGUAACUGAAGAUAAUGCCUUUACAGAUCACUUUGUCUAAAUUUGCCAUUCAUAACACUAAGCUAUUGGCAACUGUUGAGACCCUUCACUACCGCAUACAUUUCUCAUCUUUUAUUUCCUGUGACUUCCAUCUCCACCCAACCUCUUGGCCACUGCCUUUUAUAUUUGACUUAUUUGCCUUCCAUUGUGCUCUAUAGCCUGUUCUUUCUCAAUGCUUCCUUGUGUACCAUUGGCAGCUAUAGGUACCCACUACAGAUUUGUAUGUGUUUAAUCUGGUGGAAUAUGGAAUAGCACCUUCCUCCAGUGUUCUAUGAAAAAAUAGGAAUUCUAUUCAUUCUAUAAGCUAACAAAGGACAAUUAGACCACUGUAACCUACCUACACACAGUGAGUACUGGUAUAUCUAUAUGAAUGAUGUAGUAGUGCAACACCCAUAUAAUGUUCUGUUGUCCAGCUGCUUUUGUACUUGCUUCCUCUGUCCAAUAAAUACGAAGGGUGGAAAAUAA